AUGAACAAAGAUACUUCGCAUCUCAACGUGAACCCUGGUCAAGACAGAGGCCGAGUAGAGAUAGGUCACAAACGAUCCAGUAGUGAUUUUCUCUCUCCUAAUUCAGCUUUGAACUCAUCUCAUCCUCCUCCCGCUCCGACGAAAUCACCAAGACAUAUUCACCCAUCACCGGUACCGCCGAUCCCUACCAAAUCCCCAAGACAUGUUCAAAAUUUGAAAAUCGAUACCGAUGUCGAUUCCUCCGGAACACCUACACCUGGUCAGAGAGCUCGUACUUUGUCCAACACGGAGACUUUCUAUCCUACUCAGGAUAGUGCUAAGGAAGCAUUAGAAUCUGAAAGAAGACACAAUCCUGAGCAUCGUAGAGUACCCAGUCCGUAUACUCGUCAAAUCAGAAAAGUCGGUUCGGAAAGAUCUCUACGGUCUAGAGUAUCAUUCGAUUCAGGUCGUCGAAGUGCAGCCAGUGAUCGUUCAGAUGGUACUGAUGGGGCUACGGUCGGACCUCAAGAUGUCACACGUCAAGUAGGAGCUGGUGGUGAAGCUAUAGAAUUUAUAGCUUCUGGUCAUAGAACCCCUCGACAUCGAAAGUUCUCCGCGGGCAUGUUGAAACCCGCUUUGAGGACUUCAAAUGGACAUCAUCCAACUUCUGCGGGACAUGGAAAUAUUAAUACCAACUCCAGUAUGUCCAGUACCAGAUCUAGAUCCCGAUCUAGAUCUAGACCAACAUCGAGUUUGCCAUUCAGUAGUAAUCUCUUUGCUUUGGGUCGACAACAUUCAAGACAUCCUUCUGAUCCUCUUACAGCUUCUCCAACUGAGAUCGAUCAUCCAUCUUCCACCUCUAGACCUAUGGGUGGACAUAUAGCUUCUAUGUCAAGUGUUCAAUCACAGGCGGGAAGUGGGAUAAGAGGUAUUUUCUCUUCAUUAUCUUUGGAACCACGUAGACCAUCUCAACCACCUACUCUAUUGUUACCGGCAGAUCAACUACAUGCUUAUUUGGCGACUGCCCAUGUACCCAAUUGGACCAAAUGGCCCGUUCUACCGACUAGCAAAGGAUUCUUCGGGAAAAGUAAAGGGUUUGAUGCGAUGAGUUGGGAAUGGAAGAGGAGGUGGCAGUUGGCAGAAGAGGGAAGACAAUUUAGAACGUUAAGAGUUUGGGAUGUUAAUCGAGAGUUUGAGAGGGAAGCUUUGCAAUUUCACCAGGAAAAAACACCUCAACAUCCUAUACCCUUCCAUGAUAGAUGGGGAAAACAAAUAUUUGCCCUACCUGCUGAAGGUUACGAGACGUUGGAAUUUUUCGACGAAGAAGCUAACGUGGCUGAUGAUCAUGGUCUUUUAUCCUGGCUCACUAAUUCCUUACUAGCCACAGCCACUUCCGCACUUCAUAUGACCCGUUUCUCUUCCCAAUCCUUCUCUUUCCAUCUCAUCCCCGCUCCAUACCCACCAACACCGACAAGCUACGUGAACGAACGUGGUACUCCCAAACAUUGUCUCUGGGAAGGUUUUGGAACAUUAGCAUUAGUCAACAGAUCCCAAGAUUCAGAUAGAGCGAUGAUUAUUGAAAUCCGUCCUCCAAGUGUUGUAGAUAGUGGAGUUUUGAAUCAUUUCGCCAGACAAUCAAGGUCAGAAGGAUGGUGGCAUUUACCCGCUGAACUAUGUGUGGGUGAUAUGGGACAGGCUAAUUUACUCCAAGCUCAAGUUUAUGAUGAUUGCGUUUCGAAUCAUGUGUUUUACUUUGCGGUUACCAAUCUUAAAUAUUGGGUGUUUGGUCGAUUUAACGCAAGUUACACGAUGUGUACGGUUUCUCCUAUUAUUGAACGUAAACAACGUAAUCCGUCUUUGAUGCAGUGUCUCACAGCAUGGACGAUUAGUGCGUAUGAUGAUGUGAGUUGA